AUGGACGCAGCAGAGGCCGCAUCGUCGCCUGGUAGUCUGAGCUCGCCCCCUCAUUCGCCUGAACAGGGCACGCCCAACAAUUCCGCGAUCCAGCCCGCGAGCGGUGGUUAUGGUGUUGCAGCAAAUGCCACCCCUGCAGCAUCCACAACGCCCACACCCAGACUUACCGCUGCUGGCACCGUCCGCAAGAAGCCCGGGCCCAAGCCAAAACCCAAAGAUCCAAAUGCAGAGGAGAAGAAGCCCAGGAAGCCUCGCAGGGCCGCAGAGCCAAAGGACCCCAACGCAGCGCCCGCGCCGCGCAAGAGGAGGACCAAGGCCUCGCUCGAGGCACAGAAUGCCUCGCCAGCGCCCCCAGAGGAGAAGGCCGCUGUGAAUGUACCGCAGCAACAAUCCGCACCGCAAGCAAGACCCACAGAGCUGGCGCAGGUACUCCAACCAGAGCAGCCGUCUCCUGUUACGCAGCCUCCACCUCUGCGCCCGCUCGGCGCCAGUGCAGAGCCCCUUCACGGCAAUCCCAACCUUUCACACAUCACUCCGACGCCUUCAACUCCUCGACCCGCGAGCUCGGGCCAACGGUAUGAUCCCAUCCGUGGCGGCAUCUACGAGUCAAAACCACUCGUUGCAGCGACCGCACCUCCGCCGCCCAUCUCGCCGCCUCUUAAUCGAGCAAGCGCCUCCCCUUCCAUCACGUCUUUGAUCGAUCCGCCUACGGUUACCAGCUUACCCUACGCACAGCCGGCCAGGCUGCAGCAGCAAACGUCCGUCACCUCUGCUCCGUUGUCGCCUGCCGCCCUGUCAAGUCGACAGGGGCCGCUCCUUCCAGCCCAGGACAACCAGCAACCACCUCGGCCCGCACCACCUCUGGGUCCCGCACCCAUGGAUGUUGAUUCCGAUCCAAGGACUUCCGUGCCCAUGAAGAAGAUGGACUCCGCAAGCGCGGGCACGCCUUCCAACGCGCCGACCCCACCUGUCAAAGCCCGCCAAAAAGAGGCACCGCCACCCUUGCCGACAGGAAGCGGUCUGCUCUCAGGCACUCCAUUUGGUCCUGCCGUCAACGCGAACGGCAAUGGCUCUACCGAGCCCACGGGCGUUAACAUUUGGCUCACCUUCCCUUUGAAAGGUCAGACCAACGUCACCAUUAACUUUGCCCAAGAGGUGGAGAAGAAGUAUGGAUUCGCUGCCCUACACCCUCGGAUUGCAGCUCGUCGGGAGCGUCAGCGGCAAAUCACUUCCAUGGGCGCUGCUCUAGAAAAAGCUGCUGGUCUCGCCGGAUCCGCUGACGACAUGUCGGUCGAUCUGUCGGAUAAUGAGAGCAAUGGUGGCAAUACGGGCAUGGACGACGAGGGUUCCGCUGCUGGCAAGACGAAGAAGCCCCGUAAGAGAAAACAAGAAGACUAUGACAAGGAAGACGACUUCAUCGACGACACAGAGUUGGCUUGGGAGCAACAGGCGCUUAUGGCCAAGGACGGCUUUUUCGUGUAUAGCGGUCCUCUAAUCACCGAGGAGAAACCUGCUGUUGAGAGGGCCGAUGGUACUGUCAAGCGCGGUCGUGGUCGCGGCCGUGGUGGAGCCAGCCGGGGAGAAACCUCAGGUCGCGGUCGAGCUCGCGGCGGCGGUCCAGGCUCUCGCGGUGGUCAAACUGUGCGCAAGCCUCGCGUUACCAAAGCGGACCGAGCCAUGAUGGAGCAGGAGAAGGCUAAGCGGAUCGAAUUCAGCCAGCAGCUCGGAAACAACAACAAUGCCAACGUGCCCGUCGCCGCGCACGCUGGUACCGUCCAUCCAACGCUAUAA